ACCAGGCUUAAAUCUUUUUCUUUAUUGGACUGGGAUAUCGAAGAUUGCAAGGUCUGCGAGUUGAGCAAUGAGCCUUCCUUUAGAAUCGGGCUGUUCAAAGUUAUAAAAAACAAUGCAGCUUCACACCAUGAUUUCUUUUCAUUACAUUGAUGACAAGAUAUUCAUCAUUUCGCUUAACGAAGAGCUCUAGAUAUUGUCAGUAGUCCACAAGUCAAAACCCUUCAAUUUUUUCUGAGCAACCAAACAGACAAGAGAAAGGAAAGAAUGGCACUAUCUUUCUCUCGAACUUCUCUCUCGAUAACCCAGAAAUACUUUCCUUCAAAAAACCCCACAACAAAAUCAACAAUCCUAAACCUCCUCUCUUAUAAACCCCAUAAUCUCAACAAGUUCUCUACAAUCUCAAAACCCAACUCUUUCUCUCUGACCAUCACAAAACUCUCAAAAAGCCCAAAACCCAAAUCCCAUCUUCAGCCAGUAAGAUCACUCUUCACUGGCAUAGUUGAAGAACUGGGCACGGUUCAAAGCUUGGGUGAUACCAAAGACGGUGGCUUUGACCUUAAAAUAGAGGCAAAAACAGUACUUGAAGGUGUGCAUUUAGGUGAUAGCAUUGCAGUUAAUGGGACUUGCUUAACUGUUACUGAUUUCACUAAUGAAGACUUCACUGUGGGGUUAUCUCCUGAAACUUUGAGAAAAACAUCUCUAAUUGAGUUAAAGACUGGAUCUUUGGUUAAUUUGGAGAGGGCAGUCCAGCCUGAUAGUAGAAUGGGAGGGCAUUUUGUGCAGGGUCACGUGGAUGGCACCGGUAUGAUCGUAGAGAAGGAGCCAGAGGGUGAUUCUUUGUGGAUUAAAGUGAAAGCAGAUAAAGGGCUGUUGAAAUAUAUUGUGCCAAAGGGGUUUAUUGCAGUGGAUGGGACUAGUUUGACAGUUGUUGAUGUUAUGGAGGAAGAAGAGUGUUUUAAUUUUAUGUUAGUGGCUUAUACACAGCAGAAAGUUGUUGUUCCUUUGAAGGAAGUUGGUCAGAAGGUGAAUUUGGAGGUGGAUAUUUUGGGAAGGUAUGUUGAGAGGUUGCUUAGUAGUGGGUUUGUCGAUUCCUUCAAGGGUUCUUCAUGAUUAAAGAAAAAUGGAGGUACUGCUCUUUGAGAAGUUGAGAUAUUUGUGAGGUCAAAAUGCCUCAAGAUGUGGUAGCAGCCACCACUCUUAGACCUUGGAAUUGAAUCGUGGUAGAUGGAAGCCAACUGAUCAUGCUUGGAUUAUUUUGAACACAGUUGGGGCUUGUAAGAGAUCUCCUUGCUUUGCUGGUGCUGGGGGCAUACCUGCAUGAUAACAGUGGAUUUGGCGUUAGGUUUUUCAUUUCAGGUUGGCUAUUGCUCAGUUGUUGUUACCUAGAUUGAUUCUGCUUUCAUUCUGUGGUAGUUGCAAAAGCGAUCUUGUGCUUCUUCUUCCUUGUUUGGUAAGUUGAUGGAGCUUAGCGAAAUUGGGUUAUUAAGAAUCAUCAUGUAACUUGUGUGUCUAUAAGAGAGCAACUCCUGUGCAGAUAUCCUUGCCAAUUUGGCUGCUAUGGGUGGUGUAACACCGGCUUUGCUUGUUGAUCCCCCUUAAUGGUGUGAUAACAGUCCUGUUUUUGGGGCCUUGCCAAUUGAAAUUGUGCAAUGUCAACUCAGGCUUACGAUCUGUCCAGAGAACUCGACCCUGUUACAAACCAUCUCUAUUCCCGAGUUGUGUUUGGUUGCCUAGCUAGAAAGAAAAACAGUUGGCAGAUGGAAAAUGCCAAAUUCUAGUUGUAGGUAUUAAUAAUAUUGUGAUGGAUAGCUAACUUUAUAGGAUGCAUGAUCUGAAUGCAUGUUUUGGUGUCUUCUCUG